GUUCCAGCCAACAAGGAAGGUGUAAGUCCCUUCUUUAGAAUCAGAACGAGCGACUUCGAGACGUCGACUCGCAAAACGCGUCUCAAAUGCGUGCCCUUAAAUCUUCAUCUCUGCGCAGUCUUCCCUCUGUUCAGCGUCGUGCGCUUCGCCAAUUCCCAGUGCCCGUCGAGCGGCGAGAAUCAGCUGAACGGCACCUGCUUCACGAGGCGAGAAUGCAUGAGCUUCGGAGGCAUACCCUCGGGACCCUGCGCCAACGGGCUGGGCACUUGUUGCGUGUUUCAGAAAUCCUGCGGCUCUACCACCAACGUGAACAACACGUACUUUGUGAGUCCGAAUUAUCCCAUCACUUAUCGGGGAGGGGAACGCUGCACGAUCACCGUUCAACGCUGCAACUCCAAGAUAUGUCAGCUGCGGUUGGAUUUUCUAGAGGCGACUCUUGCUCAACCCAACGCCACCGGGUGGUGCGAUUUCGACGUGCUUCUGGUGUCCGGAGGCUCGUCCACGGUGCCGAGAAUAUGCGGGGACAAUACUAAUCAGCACGUGUACGUUGACUUCAAUGGGGCAACGCCGAUCAUGAUAUCCGUCGACACCAACGCAGAUUAUGCGUUCGAUCGACGCUGGAACAUACGGAUUCAGCAAAUACCGUGUGAUUCCGUCUGCAGAGCUCCUAACGGGUGCUUGCAGUAUCACAAGACUGUCUCGGGUGUCGUGAUGAGCUUCAAUUUCGGUACAACGGAAAAUGUUCGAGCUCCUCAAAUCGGAACGCGGCAGAUGGUAAAUCACCGUUACGGCGUGUGCGUUAGAAUGGCCCUGGGAUAUUGCAGUAUCGAGUGGUCGCAAGUAGACAAUUUGUCUUUCUCCGUUUCCGGAGACACGGGCUCGUUUGAUCCGGACAUAAUAGGUACGGAUUUGGUAGCCGAAUCUGGCGCAAGCUGUAUGUCAGAUUUCGUGAUUAUACCCGAUCCGCGUGAAAACGGCGUGCCGACGAAUACAGACAGGUUUUGUGGAAAUGGAUUCAUCACCAAAACAACGGAUUUGAAGCCGUUCGUGCUCUACGUUGUAACGAACGGCGACGAGAUGCUGGACGCUCAAAAUAAAGGCUUCAGACUGAUGUUCCGUCAGCUCCCUUGUACUGUUUAAGUACACGACAUGUCAGAUAUAUAUUUUGAAUUAAUAAGAAUUCAUAUAACCCAGCAAACAUGAAGUUACAGUUGUAUAACUGUUAGUUAUA